CACGACUAUAAUUACAUGCACAGUGUAAGAGCCAGCGAGCUGUAACUUUUCGUCCGUGCGUGACGGAAGUAGUUGAACUGGUUAGUCGUGUCCAGUGUUGUGCGGAUGGCGUAUUAAGUGCAGGUUUCAAGGUUUGAGGGCAGACCGCAGAGGCACCGGCAGAAGAACGUACAUAACAGUACACCGAAGUACUACGGUAUACCGGUUACAGGAUUCAAGAAACAUGACAGUGGCACAUUUUCUUCAGCUCGUUGCCAUCCUAGUUAUCUGCCAAGCUACCUAUGGGACUCCAACAACCGCAACCACCCUGAAACACAAUAUGGGGAUGGGCCAUUCCGGCAUGAUGAACCACACGGUUAUGCCGGGAAUGAACCAUUCCGGCAUGAACCACUCCGGAAUGAACCACUCCGGAAUGAACCACUCCGGCAUGAACCACUCCGGAAUGAACCACUCCGGCAUGAACCAUUCCGGUAUGAACCAUUCUGGCAAGGACCAUUCUGGCAAGGACCAUUCUGGGAUGGACCACUCUGGUGGUGGAGGCCAUUCGGGCCAUGGCAGCUUGGGACACAACUUGUACUUUUACUUCGGCCACAGUGGAAUCAUCGUGCUGUUUUACGAGUGGAAAAUAGACUCAGUGGCAGCUCUGAUUGGCUCCUGUAUCGGAGUGUUCGCCAUCGCUGUCCUGUACGAGGGCCUGAAGGUUUGGCGGGAAAUGUUGAUCGUCCGGGCACAGGACAGUAAGAUGGCGGCCUCCCACAACCUGAAGCAGCUCACUAAUGAGAAGAGUACAAGUACGCUGGGUGUCGACUUCAUGCCCGGGGAGAUACCUCCAACAAAGACGAGGGACCAGAUCUGUAACUGCAUGCACGCGCUGCAGUCUCUCCUGCACAUCGUCCAGGUCCUGGUCAGCUACGGGCUGAUGUUGGUCUUCAUGACGUUUAACGUCUGGCUGUGUCUGUCCGUGGCGUUCGGGGCAGGUGCCGGCUACUUCGCCUUCGGCUGGCGCAGGCCCAUCACCGUGGACAGGAACGAACACUGCCAUUAAAGAAACUGCUUCAUGUGAUAAGUACGAAAUGGAAAGACGUAUAUUUCAUCCUAAUCAAGCUACUCCACUAGUAAUCUCGGUGCAACUUUUAAUAGAACGUGCAUAUGCUAGCUCGGUAUAUUUAUCACAUUAUCUUAGUUCCAAAAAGUGUUUCUGUCGAAAAAAGUGUUAACUACUUUAACAUGUGAUAAUGAUUGAUACAAUCAUAUCACAUUAUUUAACCAGUAGAUACAAUUUUAUCUCUUACUAGCAAAAUAAUGUGAUAGAGGGGAGCUAUCACAUUAUUUCACUAAUAGAGACCAACUAUCACGUUUUCUGUCCUAAAAUACUAUUCAGGGCUAAAUAAAUGCGUUGAAUAAUCAAGUCUCA